GCCGGAGGAUGGGAUGCGCGGCGAGGCCGGGAGCUGCCAGCCGCCCGCCUGUGGUGAGGAGCGGCGGGGCGCGGAGCAUCGCGGGGCUUUGUGCGGGGGGCGCGCGGGAGAACGUCGGUGUGUGUGAGGGUGUCCGGUCGGAGGGCUCGGAGCGCCUCUGCCUCUCCCCACGGGGUGCCCGCGGUGCUGCCGCUGCAUCCCCCGUUCCCCGCUCAGAGAACCCCCGGAGGGAGAGCUGCGGUCCUCCGGACGCAGGGAAGUCGUCGCGUUCUCUCUCGCGGUUACUGCGGGGCACCUUCCCCUCCGCGGGGGCGCCCGGGCCGCGUGGCGGCUGUGAGGGGCUGCGGGACGGCGGGGGGUGUGUGUGGCACAGCGGCGCGGGGCGGGCGCUGCGCCGGGACUGCGGGAGCCGCGGCGGGUCCGGAGCCGUGCGGCUGUGCUGCGGGCGGCGCCGGCGUGGAGCUCCGCUCGUCUGUUGUUUAUCGCUCUUCAUGGACGGGUUCUGGUCUGGGGGUGGGUUUUGUCUCACGCAGCGCUGUUAGUAGCUGGUCUGAAUGCUAUUUUAUCGAGACCACUGGGAAGUUUAAGUUUACGCGUCUUUGAAUGUUGCAUCUUUCUUUGAAGGGCCCAAGCAGCACGCUUGCCGCUCUUCAGAAGCCCUCCUGCCUCUCGUUGCUUGUUUUCGUGGCUGCGGGCUGCUCUCCUGCUUGUGUUUCAGCCAGGGGGAGAUCAGCCAGCAAACACAUUUAUCUUCAAAAAAAAAAAAAAAAGAAAGAAAAAAAAAGAAAAAACCCAAAUAGCAGCGACCAAACAACCGCCACCACACCCCUCCGCAGCCUGCCUUCCUGACUGGGAGCUUGACUCACAGUUCUGACAGCUCCGUACCUUAGCUGUUCUUUUAACCCCAUGUGAGCUUUCCCCCCGCUUGCCAGCUUAGAGAGCACUGCACGUGCAUCAGUCCUUUCUCUGUCGUCCACCUUUCUCUUUGACAUCUGUCCCUCUGAGCUGCAGGACCGUGUGCAUCCCUCCUGGCAGACCCCACCUGAGGCACAGCGUUUCCCCUGCUCAGUUUUGCAAAAGGUCUGCUGGACUCUGUAGGGCUGGGAGAAGCGUUUCGUGCUGCGAGUUGGCCGUGCCUUGCACAGAUGCUCUCAGAUGUGAGGUUUCACCUCCUCGGUGCUGCGAGGGUUUUUCCUGUCACGAGGCAGCCUGCCUUCCUGCACCCUGUGCUGCUGAGAGCAGCUGCAGUGCAAGUGCAGGUGUGGGGCACGAGGGCACUGACUUCAGCUGUGCUCCAUCAGCCCCAUCCCCGGUCUCCCUCAUUUGUUCCUCAUGUACUGAUGCAGGCAAACGUUGAGUGCUGAUGAAUCUCCAUUUUCGAUUUGCAAUCCGUGCAUGUGACAGAGAAGUCUCUUUGCAGGUGCCUAGGGAAGAAAAGCCCUAAUCUAUGGCAACUUUGUGCAGAGAACCGUCCCCAGGGAUGCUGAGUUGCAAUGCGCUCUGGGCUUUGCAGUAGGCUUGCUUGCUGUAUUUCUGUUGGCUUUUGGUGGCUUGUGGCACUCUUGCUUGGCUUUUCUGAGGUAGUGCAGGGAUGAUUUAAGGGACUAGGUCAUGCCAGCAUGAUGCUCAGCAUGGCUAUGUGAUAGCUCAUGCAUGAUGGAAUCAUAGGGGUUGGAAGGGACCUCUGGAGAUCAUCAAGUCCAGCCCCCUACUAAAGCAGGUUUACACAGGAAGGUGUCCAGGAGACCCCACAAUCUCUUUGAGCAACCUGUUCCAGUGCUCUGUCAUGGUCGCAGUAAAGAAGUUCUUCCUCAUGUUCAGGUGGAACUUGCUGUGUUCCAGUUUGUGCUCACUGCCCCUUGUUCUAUCACUGGGCACUGUUAAAAAGAGCCCAGCCCCAUCCACUUGACUCCCACCCUUUCAAUACUGGUAAGCAUUGAUAAGAUCCCCUCUCAGUCUUCUCCAGGUUGAAAACUGUCCUGGGUCUCUCAGCCUUUCCUCACAGGGGCAAUGCUCUCGGCCCCAAAUAUCUUUGUGGCUCUCCACUGCCCUGUAGAAGUUCCCCAUCUUUCUUGAACUGCGGAGCCCAGAGCUGGUCGCAGUACUCCAGAUGUGGCCUCACCAGGGCAGACUAGAGGGAGAGGGCUACCUCCAUCAACCUGCUGGCCAUGCUUUUUUUAAUAUGCUUCCGGAUACCAUAGGCCUUUUUGGCCACAAGGACUGGCUGAUGGCCAACCUGAGGUCAGCUGUUGAUCAACCAAGACACCCAGCCCCAUCUCUGCAGAGCUGCUCUGCAGCAGGUCAGCCCCUAACCUGUACUGGUGCAUGUGGUUAUUCCUCCCCAGCUGUAGGACUUUGUGUUUGCCCGUGUUGAACCUAAUACAGAGCAGUGUCCGUGGUGAAGUCUUGGCUGCUUUGCUGUGACGUGCCUUGGGAGGAGUGCUCUCUGUUUUGUGCAGCACUUUUGGAACAAAUGCCAGGACUUGGGCACCCUGCAGUCAUGGGAUGGCUGGAUGUGCUCCUCAGAUAUGGGCUUGCUGUGGCACCACUGGCACGCGUCUCCAUCCUGUGCUGCAUGAGAGCUCAGUGAGACUGGAGGACGGCUGAUGUGGGGCCUGGGUGUUCCUAGAGAGAUAUUGAUUGUCCUGGACAGCUCGCGUUUUCUUCUUUAAUUCCAAGCCCUCGUCAUGCGUUGGGCUCAUUAGGGCAGACGGCAAAGCUGGGCAGGCGGUAUGGACGGAGUUGGAUGGGGCUGGCCAGCUGCCACCCUCUCCCGCCUCGGUAAGGCUGAGGCAGCGCGCCUGCUAAUUCCAUUAAUGGUAGCCCCGUGCCUGGGAGAUAGAUGUAAUUCUACCGUAAAGCCUGUGCUCAGCCUUGAACCGAGAGGAUUUGCUGGUUCUCCCCGGUGUGCCGCUGUCAGCGUACCCCCGACUUACCCACAGCUGGUUUAUUAAAAGUGUAGAUGUCAGCAUAAAGAUUGGGUAAUGGAAAAAAUCACUAUGAAAUGUGUGUGAAGAAAUGCCUGGCUCUGGAGCCGUGCUGCCUCUUGGAGCCUAGCAGUCUGCUUGUCACGGAUUGUACCGCAAAUGAAGGCUUCCUGCUUUAACUUGUGGCGUGCGGGAUGACAUAGGGCCCAGCCAACAGCUGGGAGAUGGCUUGCAAGGGACGUGUCCCCAUUGAGCUGCGUGUGUCACCGGGGCAAGGCAGGCAGCACAGAAGUGUUACUGUGCGUGUGUCAGAUCAGAGUGAAAGCUCGUGAGUGCACUGGAGCCACAGCAGGAGUCUUUAGCACAUUUAGCACAUCCUCUGCCUUUUUUUUGCUGGUGUGGCCCGCACUUGAUUUCAGAGGUGGCUCUCCUGGCCGGCUCUUUUCCCCGUUUGAUUUUUUUUCUUUGCAGACCACAUCUUCCUGUCUGCAGUCAUAUAAUAUACCCUGGUGGCAGGGUAUUAUCCGCGUUGGAAAGGAAUGGUUAAUUGGGAUAUUUUUAGCUCUCCUCGUGGCUUGGAUCCUGGAAAUCAGGCACGGGAGCCAGCGCUGUCUGACCAUUCAGCUUUACGCAGUGUGAAGAUGGAACGCAGCAGGACUUCAUCAAGCCUCAGCUCUGCUUCUUAAAUCUCCUGCCCCACAGCAGCCGCAUUCCUUGGGACUCGGCACGUGGGCUGGGGGCACGCUUAGAAUCAUAGCAUCCUGAAGGUUGGGAACGAGCGCUACGAUCACCUACUUCAGCUGUACUUUAUGUGCCUUUUGCUCGUGUUUUAAUAUACUUGUGCGACUUUCCUUUCCCAGAGUGACAUUUUUCAGCAUGUCCUUCCCUGCUUUAAUUGCUACUAAUCUCAGCAGCAAAGCUGUGCCAGCAGUGAGUUGCCGAUGGUUUCAGAACACAGCAGGCAGGAGGGCAGUUGUGGUAAGAGAAGGACCUGUGUGUUUAGGGAUUUCAGGCAGAAACUCAGUUUCUUGAAAACCUGUCAUCAUAGCCUCUGGGUCGUGUUGUUCUUAGCGUCUUGCUGCAUCUUUACCCUGUCAGUUUCAUGAGUCAAAAGCAGCGGUGAGAGCAUCACUGCCAGAACAGAGGUGACUUACCAGGGAGGAUGUAAUGUGGGUGGUAAAGUAAGAAGUAGGUCACAAGCUCUGCGUGUGUUUACUGGUGCUGAUUGCAGUGCUAACCAGGUACAGUUGCCAGAACUGUUUCAAAGCGUUGGUAUUUUCUUGGCCUGCUGACUUGCCUCAUGAGUUUCACAGGAAAACCUGCAGCUCAGUGUUGAUUUGCUUGGUGGCUCUCAUGUCCCUGGUCCUCAGUUAAAUCACCUCCUGGCUGCUUGUAUCCAGGCAGCAACAGCUGGGGUGGCCCUGUGCUGGCACUGUGCUUUACUGAAGUAUUUUUGAGCCACAUCUGUGUCCCCAUCAGAUUGCUGCAUCAUUGCCUGGGUGACUGUGCCAGUGCUGAGCUGUUGCUGUCCCAACCCAUCACACUGAUCCCUGGGAAAAGGGCUGGUGCUGGCACCAUUGGCAUCCCAGAAGCUCCCAGCCCAUUCUCCUGUUUGCUCUCAACAUCUGGAGGUUGAGCUAGCAGAGCCUGGUGGCCUCACCCCUUUGACUGCCUUAAGCUGAAAGUGUCAAUCCCACAGCAGGCUCUGCGGGUGCAGUCUCUGCCUGGCUUCCUUGAAGUAAGUUCCUUUUGUGCUCAAACUGCUGUAGCCUUGCAAACCGACCUGGUGGAUGGGCUGAGACUAGAGACUGCUGGAGUAUUAGUGCUGGCUGGGCUCUAGUAUGAUGUGCGUUGUUAAGCCACGAGCAACUGGACAUUCAUGUCGCGACAUCAGGAAGCCAGCUCCUCUGGGUCCUCCCUUAUUUCUGAGCCUGGAGACCUCGUGGCACUGCAUCUGCUCAGCCAGGAGGAGUUCAAGAGGUGACCUCACAGCUCCGUGCUGGUGCCUUCGUGUGUGAAGAGACCCAGUGGAGGCUGCUCAGGGAUUUGCCAGCUCCCACAUGCCAGUGAGGAUCGUGCUCUGGCUCUUCGGAGAAGUCAGCGCUCUGAGCAGAACCUCUUCACUACCCAAAGAGAGAAGUUGUUGCUGUUCAUUUGUCCUGGAUGGUUGGCUGCUGCGGGGAGAAGGAUCCUUGAUUGCUCUGCUCUACAUUACUGGUGUUGCAUCUGCUUCUGGUUCGAUGGAGAUGCAGAUAUCCCAUGUGUGAUCCACUAACCUACUUCUCAGACUUUACUGUGUUCGUCUUCUGACAGAGCACCUCUAAGUUGAAGCUGAUCAACUUUCGUCUGUUGUGAACAAUUCUGCUGCUAGUGAGGAGAGUUUGUGUUGAAAUUAAAACACACCAGCAACCACCCUGGAUCAGCCUGGCAGGCUCGCUGGUGCCAGGGUUCACCAUGGCCACUUGCUUGAUCAAACGGAGGAGCAGCUUGGAACCAGCGUCAUGAUCCUGGUGCUUCAACUGCCAGAGAAGAAGCGUAGCUUAAAAAAGCUUUCUUCAGUGGUAUGACACAGUGGUGUCUUUGUAUUCCCUGGGUGUGUGUGCUGGCUUUUACAGCCUUCUCGCGUCACCCGCUCCGAAGUGGUUUGAAAGGAGGACGCCGGUGGUGCCAGCAGACAGACUUCCAAAUUCUGAAAUGCAGAAGUGUUUAUAAUGCCUCAGAGUUGUGACUAGCAAGAAAAACCUCACCCAAACUCACUCAACUGUUGCAGCUGUGUAAAGAUAACAGCAAGUCUUGCUUCUUCUCUUCUUCGCUGCCUGCCGCACUGGGAUAUCGGAAGGGAAUCAUUCAUGGAAUUGCCCAUUUAAUGCUGCAGCUGUGCUGACUUCUGGCUGCUUCUUGGCUGCAGGACCCAGGCUGCUGGGCUGCUCCUCCCCUGGUGUCUGAGUCCUGGACCUCAAAGUGGCUGUGGAAAACCUUCUCAAGAAGAGAUGGCAUGAGGAGGAGGAGCUGCGCAAGCACUCUCAGUGAGCCCUCAGCAGGAACCAGCCCUUGUCCAGACAGAAGUGCAACAGGGCUGCCCAGGGCUGAGCCGUGGUGAAUGCAUGACCAGGAAUCAUCGCAGCCGGAGACGGAGGGCUUACUGCUGGUUAGAUGCCCAAAAGGGACAGCACAACUCUGGCUGAACUGAUGCAUCUCGGCACCUGAUACAGGCGCAGCUUCUGACAUGAAGAAAGAUAUAGACACUUUAAUAACCCAGGAAAAAGCGGAGAUCAUUGCCAAGUAUGAGAAGGGCAGGCAGGAGGGAGCCACGAUUGACCCAUGGGAAGAUGCUGAUUUCACACUGUACAAAGUUACUGACCGCUUUGGGUUUCUGCAUGAGCAGGAGCUGCCAACCCGCACCGCCUUGGAGGAGAAGCAAAAGCAGCAGGAAAUUGAGCGCGUGGACAAGUGGCUGAAGAUGCUGAAGAAAUGGGGCAAAUACAGAAACAGUGACAAGAUGUGUCGGCGAGUGUACAAAGGCAUUCCGCUCCAGGUGCGAGGCCAGGUCUGGUCACUCCUGCUGGACGUUGAGAAGAUGAAGAAGGAGAAUGAAGGAAAGUAUGAGCAAAUGAAACAACAAGCAAAGAGCUGGUCCUCGGAAAUCAAGCAGAUAGAUCUGGAUGUUAACCGCACCUUCCGAAACCACAUCAUGUUCCGGGAUCGCUAUGGCGUGAAGCAACAGGCACUGUUCCACGUCCUGUCGGCAUACUCAGUUUACAACACUGAGGUGAGCUACUGCCAGGGGAUGAGUCAGAUCGCAGCCAUCCUGCUGAUGUACUUGAACGAAGAAGAUGCGUUUUGGGCACUGGCACAGCUGCUGACCAACCAGAAGCACGCAAUGCAUGGUUUCUUUAUUCCUGGGUUCCCAAAGCUGCAGAGAUUUCAAGCUCACCACGAGCAGAUUUUAAGCAAACUCUUUCCGAAACUGAAGAAGCACAUGGACAAGGAGCAGAUGACGACAGGGAUUUACACCACCAAGUGGUUCCUGCAGUGCUUCAUCGACCGGACACCUUUCACCCUCACCUUGCGGCUGUGGGACAUCUACAUCUUGGAGGGAGAGCGGGUCCUGACAGCCAUGGCUUACACCAUUCUCAAGCUGCACAAAAAGCGCCUGCUGAAGAUGACGCUGGAAGACCUGCGGGAAUUUCUGCAGGAGAAAAUCGCCGCGUCGCUGCAGUACGAGGAUGAUGCUGUCAUAGACCAGCUGCAGGUGUCCAUGAGCGAGCUGCGCAAGAUGAAGUUUGACCUCCCCCCGCCUGCCAAGCCCGACGAGUUCCCUCGCAAACCCCUGGGCCUGGAGCUCUCCCUCAACCCUCUGGCCACGAAGGCCAAUGCAGCAGCCAAUGGCCAGAAUGGGCUGCUAGGUGAGCACCCCUCAGACAGGGGCACCGCACAGCCCCCCAGCCACCAAGGGACGGCUGCCAGGACUCCCGAUGUGCCAGGCAGCCAGGCCCACGAAGCAGCUGACAGCCAUCCACAUCCUCCCCAGAGUGAGGGGCAGCCGACGGAGGACGUGGCACAGCGGCAGUCUCCAAAGCCGAGUGAGAUGCAGGCCUUCCCCGCCAGCCUGGAGGAUGCUGUGGGGAGUGGGGAGCCCACCCUGAAUGCUGGACAUGGGGUUGAGCACGACGACCAUCGUGAACCGCACCACAAGCCACCCAGCCCCACUCCCUCCCUAUGCAGCUCUGUGGGCUCCUUCCACCCUGCAUCGAACGCUCCUGUGGACGCACCAGCUGGGGAGGCCCAGCCGCCUGAGCAGCCUUCCAGCAUGGACCACACACCGGAUCCUGCUGCUUGUGGGCCAUCUGAGGACCAACAGGCAUCCUCCCUGCCUGGGGAGGAGGCCACAGCACUGCACAGGGACAUCCCUGAGGACAUAGGCGAGACGCAACAUGGAGUGUUGUUGCUGAAUGGAAUGGACUCGAAGGCCUCACUGCCCAAGUCGGCAUCCGCGGGUGAGCUUGGUGGCCUGCAGCAGAGCACAGAGAUGGCACUUGAGCAAGGCUUCACUGCCCUAGGCUCGCUUGCCCCGUGCAGGCCAUCGGGCAGCAGCACGCCUAUCCUGUCAGAGAGCGUGGCACUGGCCAGGGGGAACAGCCUCCACACCGUGGUGAAAACCACCACCCGCCUGCAUGUGGCCCAGGUGACUGAGCAGGACUUGGCAAACAGAAGGCAGGUGGCACUGCCCUGGCCGGAGGCCGCCCAUCCCCUGGCUGCCACCUCCCUGCUGCCUCCUGCCACGUCAGACACGGGGGCAGUCCAGCAAGGCACCCAGAAACCGCUGAAUGCACUGAAAGCACCGCGCCCCCCCCUCAGCCCCAAACCAAAACUUCCCCCGCAGGUUUCCAAAUCCCUGUCAGAGAACAACUUCAGCCCAGGCUCUCUUCCCCCUGCGCGGCUGCCCAAGUCGGUGACGUUUUAGUGGGGUACGGGGCUGAGCAGGGAUUGGAGCUAGGGGCCAGUGUGGCACCAGCCCCACGAUGCCCUCAAACAGGGCUGUGCCUGCCUGCGGCGUCCCGUGGAGUUGCGCUUUGGUACGAGAGCCAGGGCUGCGGAGCCCAGAGCCACCAGCAGCCUCCGCUUUGGUUUGCAUCCAUGGUUUCCUUUCUAUGGACAGAAGUGCUUGCAUUUGGGUUCGUUUGGGGAGAGCAGCAGGGCUGGUUAAUGUGUGCGCUACGCUGCCUGCCCCCUGGCAGCACAGAGCCCCAGGGUGGGUGCAGAGAUGGACAUAAGGCAGUGGAGUCCAAAAUACUUAGCAAGAGGCUUUCCUUCCUCUGUAGCAAUAGGCCUUUCUUUCUUUUUCCAGACCUGCAGGAAUCAGCAGCCCUUCAGAUGGGGCUGGGGCAUGCCAGCAGGCAAGCACCACUGCCCAGAAGUCUAUGCAAGUCCCUUUAUCCUGGCAGUCCCUUUCCAUGCCCCUGGCUGCCCUCACAGAGGGGAGGUGUUAGCAGCUGGUGGUGGUGAGCUUUGGCCGUGACCCCAGCAGAGGACCCUCCAUGUUCUCCAGGUGAUGAGGAUGGUGGUGAAAGUUGAGGCUGGGUGUUGCAGGUCCAGGGCAGCAAGCAGGCUUGCUGCCUCAAACUGACUGAAGGGGAGAAUUGGCUGCUGCCCUGGUGAGCCUGAGGGCACCAUUUAGCUGCAGUAGUGCAAGCCCCUGUCACGCACCUUGCCUUUGCCCGCAAGCUGCUGGAGGUGUGUGGUGGUGUCUCAUCGUGGUGCCCAGGCUGAAGCCUGCUUCUGCCUGAACAAGUAAAAUUUCAGGGUGGAGACACCACAGAAGUUAGAAAGAGGGAGCACACUGCGCCCAACUUUUCUUUGUCCUUGUUUAACCCAGCCAGAAAUCGGCAGCCAAGAAAGGAAACCUGGGUACAGAGGCUUGGAAGUUGAUGCCCUAAAGCAUCACCAUCGGACAGAUGCCCCUGCAUCUCUGUGCAGUGGAGAGCCCUGAGGGCCUGUCCCCUUCCCAGCUUUCCUGGGACCACGUGGCAUCUAAGCCAAUCCCUGCCUGCAGCGCCUCUUUUCCAGGCAGCACUGUGACCCCAGGAUGUCACCACCUGGCUGGAGGUGCACAGGGAGCCAGGGCAGCUCACCCCACUGAAAGAACUGGGCCAAACCCACAUGCCCAGCACAUAUCAGCUCCUGGCAAAGGGAUUUCAGCAAGGAGGAGCAAUGGGAGCAGCAAGAAAGGAGCUCGAGGCCAGAUGUGUGGUAUGUGAGACUGCUUUGUGGCAGAGGGGAUGGGGAUGUCACCUUUGGGACAGUGGGUGGAACUGCUGCCUGUCCCUCCAAUGGUAGCCAUGGGCCAAAGCUCCUGUAAGAUCUAAAGGAGACUUUUGAAACCUGGUUUUCAUCUCUCAGGCUGCUGCACCGUAGCAAAGCCUACCUGACUAGGAGAAAACAUCCACUCAGUCCCCUUGGGUGUUUACCACGUUGGGUAUGUGCACGUUAGCAGUAGAGCCAACAGAAGGAACCUGCUGCUGCUUCUGCAGCCCUGCUCUGCUCCAGACCCCACAGCUACUCUGCCAGGCGCUGCCAGGGGCACGUGGUUCUGUUGGUGAAGCACUUAGAAAUGCCAUAUGGGUGCUCAGUAGUUGUGUUUUAAAACACCAUGGGUUGUUGUUAAGGCAAAAGUGCUUCAACGGGUUUAAUUGGUGUGUUCAUCAGUAACCGUGCAGUGGUGAAAGCUGUUAAUGUGCUACAAUACCUGGGCAGUAUAUCUGGACAGGCAGCUAUUACCUUCUGUAGCAGCCAUACCCUGCUUGGAAGGGGGCUUGAAGCGCUCCAGGGGCUGCUGAGAGCCAGCAGCGUGCACUGCUCUCUGGGUGCUGCCUCCCUUCCAGCUGCUCUCGCUCCAGUGCGUCCUCAUCCGCUCCAUCCCAUAGCAAACUCAGUGCGACCGUGAGCAAACUCAGGAAGGAGCUCCCAGCUCCUGGCCCUGCCAAGCUGCCCUGCUGCGGGCUGCGCUGUCCCCUGGCCCAGUGCAUGGCGCAGAUGCAGUGUGGGCAGCAGCAGAGCUGCAGGGCCCAGCGCCAGGGACAGACCUCGCUCCCUGUCCUCACAGCACAGCCGUGCAGGGCGCAGCGCUGGAUGCCGGGGCUCGGCCGUGCACUUUGACAGCCCUGCUCCCAUUGGCUUUUGUUUUAAUUGCUAUUCUUGUUUACAGCGUGGAACGCUUCCUCCGUGACUCUUUCUAAUGUAUUAUAAUUAUUACUUAAAAAAAAAAUAUAUCUA